AUGACAACCAGUGAUGGCAUUCAGGUCUUGGACCAAGGAGUCGGAUAUGGUGUCGUUGUCGGCAUCGGUGCCUUCUUUGCGCUGCUGAUGCUCGCCAUCACCUGGAUGCAGAAUCGGUAUACCAGCUACUCGACGAAGCAAGCCGAAGAGUUCAACACAGCAUCGCGGAGCGUCAAGCCCGGCCUUAUCGCCGCUGGCAUCGUCAGCUCGUGGACAUGGAGCGCGACGCUGCUGACGUCGAGCACGUUUGCUUACUCGUAUGGUAUCUGCGGACCAAUGUGGUACGGCGCCAUGGGAACGAGCCAGAUUCUGCUUUUCAGCCUGAUCGCCAUCAAGAUCAAGGCCAACGCCCCCGGCGCGCACACGUUUCCGGAGAUCAUUCUGGCAAGGCAUGGCCGAGCCGCACACCUCACGUACCUCUUUUUUGGGUUCGCCACGAACAUGCUGGUGGGAGCUUGUCUGGUCCUGGGGGGUGCGCAGGUCGUCGCCGCCCUCUCUGGCGUCAAUGUCUACGGCGUCAUCUUCCUCAUCCCGCUCGUCGUCGCGGCGUACGUGAUUGCAGGCGGGCUGCGAAGCACCUUCAUCGCAGACUACGCCCACACAGUGAUCCUCUUCAUCGCCAUCUUCGUCUUUUGCUUCUCCAUGUACGCGACGAGCGACGUGGUCGGUAGCAUCGACAAGUUCUACGACCUGCUCCAGGAGGCGAGCAAGAAGAUGCCGAUUGCCGGCAACCACAAUGGGUCUUACCUGACGUUCAAGAGCAACGAUGGCUUGGUGUUUGCCAUCGACCUUCUCGUUGCUGGGUUCUCCAAUGUCUGGCUCGACCAGGCUUACUGGCAGCGUGCUAUUGCCUCCCGUCCAGAAACGUCUGUGAAAGCGUAUCUCUUCGGAGGCAUGGCGUGGUACGGUAUACCGUUCUCCUUCGGAACGGCAAUGGGGCUUGGGUGCGCCGCGCUGACAGUGACGUCUGCGUUUCCUACGUUUCCCAACCCCCUUACUGCGGCACAGAACGGCGCAGGGUUGUCUGCGCCGGCCAGCGCCGUGGCACUUCUCGGUAAGGGGGGCGCUGGACUGAUGCUCCUGCUCCUGUUCAUGGCUGUGACGAGCGCAACGAGCGCCGAGCUGAUUGCUGUUUCUUCGUUGAUCACGUUUGAUGUUUACAAGACUUAUAUCAAGCCUACUGCCACGUCGACUGGACUCGUACGGAUCUCGCACUACGGGAUCGUCUUAUACGCAGUCAUUCUUGCAGCGUUCUGCUGUAUUUUGAAUGCCGUCAACGUGAAUCUUACUUGGGUCCUCACAAUCCUCGGUGUCAUCGUUGGCGGUGCCUCGAUCCCAGUUGGACUAAUCCUCCUAUGGCCGCCUAUGUCAACCGUCGCCACGCUGGUCUCCCCCUGGACCGGCCUCAUGCUGGGUAUGAUCGCCUGGCUGGUCACAACUCAGUACAGGAGCGGCAAGAUCACCGUCACGACUAGCGGCGAUGUCACAAAUGCGCUGGCAGGCAACCUUGUCUCGUGCGGUUCUGGUACCAUUCUGGCCUUUGUGCUCUCUUUCGUCUUCCCCGACAAGUCAGACACUACCACGGACCCAGAGAUGAGGAAGCGUAUAGCCAAGAUCAACGGCGUGCGGCCCAGAGCUGAAGACACAACUUCAUCACCAGCAAGUGAAAAGGUAGCACAAAAGACGGGAGAUGGAGACAACCCCUCGAACGAACACGACCGCGGCACAGACCCAGCUCAUGAGCCCGGUUCGGACCCCAAACCCGACACCGUCGUGCCCACCGGCAACGCAGUCGUCGACUUCCUCGAGGCAUCUCACGUGGAGCCCAUGUCGCCCGAAGACGUCAAAAAAGCCACCAUCCUAGCCCAGGGGUUCAACCUGGUAUACUGGUGCAUCGUCAUCAUCCUCGUCCCGUUCACCCUGUUCGGGACAGAAUGGGAGUUCACGCGUGCCGGCUUCACCGGAUGGUGUGUUGUCAGCUUCAUCUGGGCGUGGAUAUCCAUGAUCAUCUGUGUCGUCUGGCCUUUGGUUGAGAGUCGUGGGACUAUGUGGGCUAUUGCUAGAGGUCUGGUUAGGGAUGCUGGGGGUGGUGGGCUUGGUAGGGCUCCGCCUGAUGCUGGGAGUUCGGCGUGA